GUUAGAAAUCUCAGCACAUGACAUGUUUUUACCAUCUGAGCUGUUGGACGCGGCCAUGGCGCUGUCGAAAAGUGCAAGAACCGCCGUUCCUGGAUCGCAGUGAAGCACCGAAAGUUCAUCAUCCACAAGUGGAUGAUGCGACCAUCGUGGAUUACGUGGAUGAUGUGGAUUCUGAUGGGAAAAAACUAAAAAAACACAACAAAAUCUGGAAGUUGAAGGGAAACGGAGCUAUUGGCGAUCUGCAUGGAGCUCUUGGUACCGAUGGCUACGCUGAUGAGCUAUGGCCAGCGGCUACAGGAGGAUUUCUGGGCAACCUUGGCAGGAACCGAUGAUUGUAUUACUCUGCAGGCAAGAAGUGGUGAUCUUGUUGAAGCGCCACUGGGAACCUGACUUGCUGCUUUGCAGCUGUUUCAAUAUGUCCUACAAAUAAUGCAAAGCUUGUUGGUCGCUUCUGUGGAUUCAAAUUCUUCGGAUGAGCAUUUCCUCACGCCACUGCACGUUGCCUGUGCCGAAGGGAAUUUCGAAAUGGUGCGUUUGAUCGUUUCUCACGGAAGCAGCGUGAAUCGUUUGGACGUCCACGGCCAUGGACCACUGUGGCAUGCGGCGCAGCAGGGCCAUGGUGAGAUCAUUCAGUUUUUGAUUCAGGAAGGUGCAGUGGUGAAUUCCAUUGAUCAGUUCGGUGCAACGCCUUUGCACGUCGCAGCAGAGAACGGUCAUUGCCUUGUUGUGAAGCACUUGCUACAGGCUGAUGCUGAGAUCAUCAAGGAUGUCUACGGCACCGUGCCGCACGUCAAUCUUUGAGGCUGCUAGGAGUGAUGGCAUUCUUGCGUAGAACACGCUCGUCGACUGCUGAGCAGGGGAUGUGGG